AUGCUCACAGCCGUCAUCGCUGUUGGAGCAGCUUCUUCCGCUCUAGCAGCUCCCAUGUCUUCCUUUCCUGUGGCUCGGGAGGUCAUGCCCGGUGUUCCGUUUCCCACUCGUAGCAAUCCUGCGAAUCUUCUCGUUCACCCAGCCGCCCGCGAAUUCGACGUUGUCAUCGAUCAUGGGAGAGCACAUGAGUAUGUAAAAGUCGAUGAAGAGCUCAAGUUCAACCCCGAUCGCCCCGUUGGGUUAGAGCGUCGUCAGGACUCAGAAAAAGGGUUAGAUCCUUCUCCGGCCACAGCCCCCGACACUUUCAAGCCUCCUACACCCACAACACAGUCUCAUGGUGGCACAAAGGCCAAGUUGACAUCCAUGAUGAAUAAGGUCACGCAACAUCCCAAAUUCGUUUCAAUGAUGCAAAACCCGAAAUUGUUGAAAUUGAUGCAACACCCCAAGAUCGCCCCGUACGCGAAUAGAUUGGGUUUGAACGGCGGUGAGCCUGCCAAAAACGCCGCCGCUGUACCAACACCUCCUGCCGAGAACCCAGUCUCUCCCAUCGCUUCCGUAGCUCCUCAAAUUCCUCCUCUUAACUUUGAUCGCCGUGAGGUCGCAGAUCCUACCCCGAGCGAUUCAAACAGCUUUAGCCCGUCCCCCUACGCUAAAUCUGUCCGCCUCGCUCGUUCAUUCCUCGCCCCGCGCAAGGACGGAGAUUCUCAAAGUGGGACAUCUGGUCCGCCUUUCGGGAACACUGGGAUUCCACCUACCUCACAUCAAACUUCUUCUGCUCAUGGGGCUCAGUCUGUCCCUCAUGUACCCGAAGGGAUGUCAAGUGGUAGCUGGAGAAAUGACCCCUGGUAUCCGCCUGGGGCGAAUGCGGAUGAGCAUCCGUGGCUAGGUCGUUUAAGCCUUGUUAGUGGUCCCCAUCCUGCUUCUAAUGCGGGACCUUCUGGUGCUCCUCCCCCUCCUGGGACCGGUUCCAAUAUGCCUCCCGCAACCCCUCCCACAACCCCUCACACGCGUCGUGCUCCUCACCAUGUUCGCCGUUCUACCGCGUUUGUUACUUUCGGUGCCGACUUGAACUAG